UUCCAUCGCUUCCAUCGUAGUUCAGAUUCCGGUCUCACCCUAGUAUCAUAUCGCAGCAACUAUCGGUUCCCUUUGAUCUCUAUCGGUCUAACGCUCCCGCUCCCUCCUAACCGCCCCGAUCCUUCUAUCAACAUGCGUUCCAAGUUCAAGGACGAGCAUCCCUUCGAGAAGCGCAAGGCUGAGGCCGAGCGUAUCCGUCAGAAGUACGCUGAUCGCAUUCCGGUAUGUCCGUCCAUGCUCAACAUCAUCGCCUUUGGGCGUUCAUUGUGUAUCCGUGGCUCACCGCUUGUUCGCGAUACUAACCACGCUCUUUUUUCUUUCCCACAGGUGAUCUGCGAAAAGGUCGAGAAGUCGGAUAUUGCAACCAUCGACAAGAAGAAGUACCUCGUUCCGGCCGACCUUACCGUUGGGCAGUUUGUCUACGUGAUUCGCAAGCGUAUUAAGCUGUCUCCUGAGAAGGCCAUUUUCAUCUUCGUUGAUGAGGUCCUUCCGCCAACAGCAGCGCUCAUGAGCAGCAUUUACGAAGAACACAAGGAUGAGGAUGGAUUCCUCUACAUCACGUACUCCGGCGAGAACACAUUCGGUGACUACUAGGCGCUGGUCGACCUGUCCGUUUCUGUCUUGCUUUACCUUACAGUAAUCAAGUCGCGCCAACGCUAAUAUGCUUCGCCGUGGGCCGUUUGAGAGAUUCGUUGGGCAUGGGAUCUA